AUGGCGCGCACAAAGCAGACUGCGCGUAAGUCUACUGGCGGGAAGGCGCCGCGUAAGCAAUUAGCCACUAAGGCUGCCCGCAAGAGCGCUCCGGCUACCGGCGGCGUCAAGAAGCCUCACCGCUAUCGACCUGGCACUGUGGCUUUGCGCGAGAUCCGUCGCUACCAGAAGUCUACUGAGCUACUUAUUCGUAAGCUACCGUUUCAACGUCUGGUCCGUGAGAUCGCGCAGGACUUCAAGACCGACCUGCGCUUCCAGAGCUCGGCGGUGAUGGCGUUACAGGAGGCUUGUGAGGCCUACCUGGUGGGCUUGUUCGAGGACACCAACCUGUGCGCCAUCCACGCCAAGAGAGUGACCAUCAUGCCCAAAGACAUCCAGCUUGCGCGCCGCAUUCGUGGGGAGAGAGCACACGGCGUGCUUGGCCAGCUCUCCGGGCAGCAGCAGGCGCACCGCCGUCUGGAUCUCCCUGGAAGUGAUGGUCGAGCGCUUGUUGUAAUGCGCCAGGCGAGACGCCUCGCCCGCGAUACGCUCGAAGAUGUCGUUAACGAAGGAAUUCAUGAUUCCCAUGGCCUUGGACGAAAUGCCGGUAUCGGGGUGGACCUGCUUCAGCACCUUGUACACAACUCCCUCAUGGCUCGUACGAAGCAGACAGCGCGGAAGUCCACUGGCGGGAAAGCGCCUCGCAAGCAGCUCGCUACCAAGGCGGCUCGCAAGAGCGCUCCGGCCACCGGCGGCGUGAAGAAGCCCCACCGCUACCGACCUGGCACCGUAGCGUUGCGGGAGAUUCGCCGCUACCAAAAAUCGACCGAGCUGUUGAUCCGCAAGUUGCCUUUUCAGCGUCUGGUGCGUGAGAUCGCACAGGAUUUCAAGACCGACCUGCGCUUCCAGAGCUCGGCGGUGAUGGCGCUCCAGGAGGCCUGUGAGGCCUACCUGGUGGGUCUCUUUGAGGACACCAACCUCUGUGCUAUCCAUGCCAAGCGCGUUACCAUCAUGCCCAAGGAUAUCCAGCUCGCGCGCCGCAUUCGUGGGGAGAGGGCGUAAGCUGUUUUCCUGAUUGCGUAACUCUUAAAACCAAAGGCUCUUUUCAG